UUUUUUAGGGAGUAUUUAUAGUGUGUAUGUGUGUAUAAAAUGUGUUUAACAAUAGACUUUUUGUUUACAAAAAAGAUAAGGAGUGACCAAUAAGAAGACACUGCUACGUACUCCGUAUAUGAUACGCAGCACAUCCCAAAUUAUUUACACGUUCACACAAUCAUUUCCCUCUACCUGAACUGAACCGCGCUUGACUUUGAAUUUGCCGGCUGCAAUGGAGAGCAAGGUGCUACCCCCCAUCGAUCGGCCUACUGUGAUGGUAACGAAUGACGAUGGAAUGGACGCUCCAGGCUUGAGAGCUCUUGUUCGUGUCCUUAUAUCUACCAAUCGGUUCAACGUCCUUGUUUGCGCUCCUGACUCGGAAAAGUCAGCAGUUAGUAAUAGCAUCACAUGGCGUAAUGCCAUCCCUGUCAAGCGAGUGGAAAUUAGUGGUGCAACAGCCUUUGCAGUUGGUGGAACUCCAGCAGAUUGCACUUCGCUGGGAAUAUCUAAAGCUCUCUUCUCUUCAGUUCCUGAUUUGGUUAUCAGUGGUAUUAAUAUGGGCAGCAAUUGUGGUUAUCACAUCAUAUACUCGGGGACAGUUGCUGGUGCCCGAGAGGCUUUCUUCAAUAAUAUUCCCUCUGUUUCUUUUUCAUAUGACUGGGUUGGUGGGAAGAGCAAUGUUAAUGACUUUACACUAGCUGCUGAGGCUUGCAUACCCAUAAUUACUGCAAUAAUGGCUGAAGUUGGGAAUAGAACUUAUCCAAUAAAUUGUUUUUUGAAUGUAGACGUUCCAACAGAUGUUCUGAAUCACAAGGGUUAUCGGCUUACUAAGCAAGGAAAAAGUUUCGUCAAAUUGGGAUGGAAACAAAUUACCUCUGAAACACAAGGUGGGAAAAUGCUAUCAACAAUGACUAUGGAUCAGAAUUCAACAACAAGUGUAGAACCAAGUGAUUUGAGCACACAAAAUGAUAGUCUUAUAUUCCAAAGAGAAGUCAGGGAAGCACAGAUUGAUACUGAUGAUGCAGACUACUAUUAUCUUCAACAAGGAUAUAUAACUGUAACCCCUCUUGGCGCUUUAUCUAAUGCUGAAAUAGAUGGGGUGGAGUUCUUCAAAGAAUGGUUGCCUAGUGUGAGCGAAUCAUCUUUUUCUAAAAUGUGAUGUUUAAGUUAGCUGCGAGUACGAAAACCAAUUAUCCAGGACAUAAUGAUAUCAAAGGAACUGGAAAAUAGCCUUGAUUAUGUUUUUUUAAAUUCUUAGGGUCAUAUGAUUGAAUAUUCGAUCUGUAGUAUAUUAUUGAGAUACAUUGAGCUUGAAUUUCCUUGUAUGUAUAAAAUUGACAUUAUGGUUCUUUGGGAUUUGCUGUAAGAUAUAAUGCAGCGAAAACAUGUUAUAUACUCCCUCCAUCUCUAAAUUAUUGGCCAGUUUCACUG